AGAUAAGAUAUAAACACCGGAAGAUCAAUAGACGAGGAGAGAUUGGAUUUCUCAACUUGGGGUUCCCUGUGAUUCCCCUUUCCUCAAUUUUCGACUCUGAACCUGCAAAUCUCGAUCAAGCAAAAAAUGAGUCAAUCAAAGACGAUCAGGAUACUGGAGGUUGUCUCCCCUGUUCCGGCAGAUAUUGACAUUGCGAACGCUGUAACGCCUCUUCAUAUCUCCGAGAUUGCAAGCGCGCUCAACCUGAGCCCCAGACAUUAUGAUCUAUACGGAAAGUACAAGGCCAAGGUGCUUCUGUCUGUGAUCGACGAGCUUGAAGGUUCGGACGAUGGGUACUACGUGGUGGUCGGUGGGAUCACUCCUACUCCUCUUGGGGAAGGGAAGUCCACCACCACAGUGGGUCUUUGUCAGGCUCUGGGAGCUUUUCUGGAUAAAAAGGUUGUAACCUGUCUACGUCAACCAAGUCAAGGUCCCACAUUUGGAAUCAAAGGAGGUGCUGCAGGGGGAGGCUACAGUCAAGUGAUCCCCAUGGAUGAGUUUAACUUGCACUUAACUGGAGAUAUUCAUGCAAUUACUGCGGCAAACAACCUUCUUGCUGCUGCAAUUGACACUCGAAUUUUCCAUGAGGCAUCUCAGUCAGAUAAGGCUUUAUUCAAUAGACUCUGCCCACCAAACAAACAGGGAAAGAGGAGUUUCUCUGAUGUGAUGUUUAGACGCUUGAAUAAGCUUGGAAUAGCCAAAACCAGCCCUGAAGAACUUACUCCUGAAGAAGUGAGGAGGUUUGCAAGGCUCGACAUUGACCCAGAUUCUAUAACAUGGAGAAGAGUUAUGGAUGUCAAUGACCGUUUCUUGAGGAAGAUUACAGUGGGGCAAGGUCCUGAAGAGAAAGGGAUGGUAAGAGAAACAGGGUUUGACAUAUCUGUUGCUAGUGAAAUAAUGGCAGUUCUUGCUCUUACAACUUCCCUUGCAGAUAUGAGAGAGAGGCUGGGAAAAAUGGUCAUUGGUAACAGUCGGUCAGGUGAACCCAUCACAGCUGACGAUCUAGGUGUAGGAGGUGCUCUAACUGUUCUGAUGAAAGAUGCCAUUAACCCAACACUAAUGCAGACACUUGAGGGAACUUCAGUCCUUGUGCAUGCAGGACCUUUUGCCAAUAUUGCUCAUGGAAACUCAUCUGUAGUUGCAGAUAAGAUUGCUUUGAAAAUGGUUGGUCCUGGUGGAUUUGUAGUGACUGAAGCAGGUUUUGGGGCUGAUAUUGGUGCUGAGAAGUUCAUGAACAUAAAAUGUCGACACAGUGGCUUGUCCCCUCAAUGUGCUAUUAUUGUGGCAACAAUUAGGGCUUUGAAAAUGCAUGGUGGGGGCCCAGAGGUGGUUGCUGGAAAGCCUUUGGACAAUGCCUACUUGGCUGAAAAUGUUGCUCUUGUGGAAGCUGGCUGUGCUAAUCUUGCAAGGCAUGUUAAGAACACAAUGGCUUAUGGGGUGAAUGUCGUGGUUGCAAUAAACAAGUUCUCCACUGACACUGAGGUGGAGCUUAAAGCAGUACGAAAUGCUGCACUUGCUGCAGGUGCAUUUGAUGCAGUUGUCUGCACCCAUCAUGCACAUGGAGGAAGGGGCGCGGUUGAUCUUGGCCAUGCUGUUCAAAGGGCGUGUGAGAGUCACAAGCUGCCUCUGAAAUUUUUAUACCCUUUGGAGGUCAGCAUCAAAGAGAAAAUAGAGGCAAUAGCAAGAUCUUAUGGAGCUGCAGGUGUUGAAUAUUCAGAACAGGCUGAGAAACAGAUAGAGAUGUACAGCAGGCAAGGAUUUUCUGAGUUGCCCAUCUGCAUGGCGAAGACGCAGUACUCGUUUUCACACAAUGCAGCACUGAAAGGGGCACCAGAUGGGUUUGUGCUGCCAAUUAGAGAUGUUAGAGCAAGCAUUGGUGCUGGCUUCAUAUAUCCAUUGGUUGGAACAAUGAGCACAAUGCCUGGCCUCCCGACUCGACCUUGCUUCUUCGACAUUGACAUUGAUCCUGUGACGGGCCAGAUCCGUGGACUUUCAUGAAAUUUUUUUCCAGUUCCCUGGCUGUGGAAGGGGUUCAUCUUUUAGUGGAAUAAAAGAUAUUGCCAUCUGCAAUGUCUCUUGAGAUUCAAGUGUAUGCACCGAUUUAUGUUAUUCAUGAAUUUGAACGGUUAUCAUC